UAUGCUUUAUACAGGUAUUCAGUACUGCACGCGUUGCUCCUCACAGCUCACACCUCCAGUCCUUACCCAUUGUGCAGCUACAGCACUUCUUUUCAUUUCCAGCUCGGGACACGAAAAAAUCAAAGUAAAACAACACAGUAAAACCUAUAAUAUAUACUAUAACUCCAAACUAAACAUAUUAAGCCUGAAUAAACUGUCGUCUAAAUCAGAACGAUCCUCGUGCUGUUUGAUACCCCUGCUGUACUUUUUCCAGGACUAGGCGGAAAAGAGGAAAUGACGUUCACUACAGAAUGUAAACUGUUGGCAUAAACCAUGGUAACGGAGUUAUUAGAAAGAGCUGGGGCUCGAACUCAGGUAAUGAAACUUAUGGCGUUGGCCAAAGGGCAGAUGAUCAAACUGCGGUCACUUUUCAUUGAUUUCCAUUAGUUCAAUGCGCCAAUUCCGAGUUUUGCUCGAUGAUUGCUGAGCUGAGAGUAUGCCUGUAACGUUGAGGAAGAAUAAAACAGCUUCUGUAAAACGUGGGAGUACUGCAGCCUACUUCUUAAUUUUACAGCGCUGAACGACUGACAGCGAAAGAAAUUCACUUGUCCCGAGUAACGAAAUAAAUACCGCAGUGCUGAAAUUAUAUGUUAAGCCAUUAAAAUGGGAGAAUAUGUGGACAAACGGAGCAGUAGAAACUGGAUGUUUAGUCAGGAAGGAGCCUGAUGGUUUUGCUUUAUCGCAUUUUGAAAACACUUGCUUGAUUUAAAAAAGUGUAAACACGUAACUGUUUGCGUUUUCACUAUAAUAGUACUAAAAUAGUUGUGAAGAUGGCGACUGGAAUGAGCUGGCAGCAUUAUUACAGCUCUGCUGGUGCUUCAGUUGGCACAGCAAAAUUUGGAUCCGCAAACUGUUCAGCUAUGCCUCACCACCCGGGAGCAAACCUGGAGUAUACUCAGGAUCUUCAUCUAAAGAUGAGCAAGAAAAUAGCCCAACUGACAAAGGUUAUCUAUGCAUUAAACACCAAGAACGAUGAACAUGAAGUUGCUAUGCAAGCUCUUAAAGAGGCUCAUGAGGAAGAGAUUGAGCAAAUCUUUGCAGACACAAGAGAAAAGAUCCUUCAGUGUAAGAACAAAGUGGGAGAUGUACUGGACCUUCGGAAGAGGAUCCAGUACUUGGAGGAGUCUCUGGAACAGCAUGAAAAAAUUAAACAGCAAGCACUUCUAGAAUUCGAAUCCUACAAGCAACGUGUUGAAGAUAUGCAGCUCUGCAAAGAAGCUCAACACACACAACAUAUAGUAACCAUGUGUAGUGAGGUAGAAGAAGUCAGGAGAAAUUACGAAAACAUGCUGCAGAAUAUUACAAAGUUGCAGCUGCAGUUUGAGAAAGACAAGCACACAGCAUUAGAAGAAAUGCGAGCAAUACACCGCCUUGAAGUAGAAGAACUUUUAAAAAAGCAACAGAAACAAAGCUUUUCUUUGACAGUGGAACAAGAAAAACUGGAAGAAUUACACAGAAUUGAAACUGAGGAACUAAACAACAGAAUAGAAGGGCUGAAAAUAGAGAGGAAAAACUUAAUUGAUGACUAUGAAGCAAAGCUAAGCAAAGCUCAGGCAUUUUAUGAGCAUGAACUGGAAGCUCUUAAAAGAUCUCAGCAGUUUACAGCUGAUAGUUUACUGACUUGGAAACAAAGAGAGGCUGAAUUACAGAAGGAAUUUCAAAUGCAUGAAGCUGCUUCACAGAUGAUGUUGAGUAAGCUUAAGGCUGAUUUGCAUGUUGUUCAGGAAGAGGCUACAGAGCUAAAAGACAAGUGUCAGAAACUUCAAGCUGCCCUAACUACUGCUGAAAAUAGUUCACAGCUUCUUUUGGUUGAACUGGAAGAUGCCAGGUUAGAAGCUGUAUCAUCUUUAAGAAAACAGAAGGAGCUUGAAAGUGAACUUGCUGCCGCCAAGGAACAUCUUCAGCAGCAGAACACAGAUCUUCUUCUCAAAUCUAGUCACAUUGGAAUGCUUCAGGCCACUGAGAUGACACAUGAAGCUAAAAUUCGCGAUUUGGAAGCAGAGAAAUCAAAAAUGAAAGAAAAGAUAAUGCAUCUUGAGGAAGAAACAAAGCUUCUACAAAACAAAAAUCAGACACUGGAUGAACAGAAGCAGGAACAACUUCAAAAACUGCAGACGGCACUAGAUGAAGCAAAACAAAAUGACCGAGAUGCCUUUGAAAAGGAGAUAAUGAUCUUGCGUAGAAAAUAUGAAGAGGAGGGUAACUGCUUGAAGGAAAUUCAUACUAAGACUUUAACGGAAUUAUGUCAGAAGCACCAAGCUGCGCUUGAGACUGUGAAAAGCACUGCUAACAGAGAGAAGCAAGAACUGCAGAUGGAAAUGGAGCAGCAAUUUGAGAAAGACAGACUGAAACUGGAAGAGCAGAAGAAUCAGCUCCGACAGCAAUUAGAAAACCUCAGGGAAGAACUGACGGCCAAACUGAAAACAGCGAAUGAGGAGGUGUACCGCUUACAAGAUCUGGUAAAGAGAAGUGAACAAGGUCUGGGUUCAGCUGAAGAACACAUUUCCAGUCUUAAAAAUGCACAAGAAAGGCUUCAACAGGAGUUGGAUUCUACUAGAGCCCGGUUGAGGGAAACCAGUGAUAUGCUGUCCUCUGUCCAGGGAGAGAUGGAACAGCAAAGGCUGCAGCAUGAGACCUUGCUUGCAACAGUAAAGCAGGAGGAGAGAUUCAAACUAGAAAAACUAACAAGCAGUCUGGAACUGAAAUGGACAGAAAAUCUCAGGGUGGAGUGCAGUAAAGUUCGGGAAGAACUGAUGCAGCAGCAUGAAGAAGACAAGAAGUCUGCCAUGACACAACUUUUACUGCUGAAAGACAAAGAGAUAAAUGCUGUCAGGGAUGGUUGGCAAAAGAAAGUGGAUGAUCUUUUAGACCAGCGACACAGUCUGGGUGAAGCGUUGCAUAAAUCAAUCAGCAACAUCUCCUUGUUGAAACAAAAUCUGGAGAUGCAGCUAUCACACUCCCAGAAUGCUCUACAACAGUUGCAAGCACAGUAUAACCAGGAACAUCAGCGAAUGAGUGAAGAACUCAACGAACUAGAAGCACAACACCAGCACAGGCAGAAAUCAUGUGAGGAAGCCCAUCUGAUUGCCCUAAAAAACAUAGAAGAUGCUAAGGACCUGGAGCUCAAAGAAUUAGAAGAGUGUUUAAAGAAGAAGCAUACAAGUGAAUUAGAAAGCCUAAAAGAGGCUCAUCAAAUUAGUAUGGAUGCUCUCCGUCAAGAAAUGGAGCAAGAACUGCAAACACUUCGCUUUGAGCUGGAAGAUGAAGGGAAGGCAAUGCUGGCUUCAUUGCGUUCAGAACUGAACCAUCAACAUGCCGCAAUGAUUGAUCAGCUUAGACAAGGUUUUCAACAAGAGCUGGAAGCUGGCAGAAUGGAAUUAGAAGGUACUCUGGAACACAGCAAAAAGCAGGAGAAGGAGCUACAACAUAGAAUAUCAGAUCUGCAAGAUGAACUGGGAAAACGUGAAAACCAUAUUAAUGAACUUGAGAAAAAACUGCUUUCUCUGCAGGAUGGAAAUAACACUCUGGCAAAGGAAUUAGAAUUUAAAGGAAAGGAAAUUCUUAAAGUGCGCAGUGAAACCAACCAGCAUAUCAGACUACACGAGCAAGAAGUGAGCAAGAAACAUGAGAAAGAACUGAAUGAGCUGACAGCGGCCCACAUCAGAGAGACACAGAGCAUGCUGGUAGACUUCAACAAAGCUCAGGAGCUCCUGAAGGAUAAAAUAUCUGCCUUACAGAUUUUACUGGAAGAAAUGGAAGAAAAAUACCAAAACAGGGAAUCCAGACCAGAAGAUCUUCAGCUUAUAGUGGGACUAAAGGAUAUGGUUACUGAACGGGAUCAACUAAUCAAGAAACUGAUUGAGGAUAAGAAAUUUUACCAGCUGGAAUUAGUAAACAGAGAAACAAAUUUUAACAAAGUAUUUAAUGCCAGUCCUACUGUUGGCAUUAUUAACCCCUUGACAAAGGUAUUUUUAUGUGUGAUUUCUAGUGCUUCUGGUAUCACAUAUACUUUGGCAGAACAACGGUUUACAUCGGAGAUACAUUUUGGAGUUGCGAUUAAUACCACAGGCUUCAUUCGCUGGAUAUAUUUCAUGGGACAAUUUUCCAGUUGGUUGGAAUACAAUACAGAUUUGUGGCACCUUUAUAUUUGGUCAAUUGUGGCCUUAUAA